AUGUUUUAUGCCACCGUUGACUUUCAACUCACACAAUCAUAAUGGCGAAUAUAAUAUAUGGGGAUAAAUUAAAAAAUUAUUGACUUAACCCAAAAUUCAUUGACACUUUAUCCUAAAGUUUUAAAUUAUUCAUAUGGUUCCAUAAUUUAACAGACAAAGUAUAUUAAUUAAUUAAAUAAGGAAUUGAAAGAGUGGAGAAAACUUCAUAAUUAUUGUUGUUCCUAAACAUCGAUUGAGCCUUUGAAUAUAAACUAAAUUGAGGAGUAUAUGCAUUAAAAAUACAUUACCAAACUUUUUGCUAAUAGAACUAACUUAAUUCUAUACCAUUGUCAUGUUGGUCAAGACAUUUUUAUAGUGAUUAUUGGCGUUAAUUUUCUAAAUAAAUGUAGAAGAAUAUAAAGUUCUUAAUUUAAAACCAUAGAAAUAUCUAAGCAGAGUUUGUAUAUACUAUCAUACAAAAAAUUCAAGUAAUAAUUUGAUUACAUUAAAGGGAACCAAAAUUAGAAUAAAAAAUGAAUUAAAUAAACAAACUUACUAAACUUUUCAAAUGCAAUCUUAGUGAUCAGAAAAAACUACCUGAAAUUCUGAGAAGUCAAACCAAUUAAUAGAAGUAUCUCACUAGAAUUCUAAAAAUAGAAGUACUUAUGAGGUAGGAUGCUUUAACAAUAAUUUUAGAAAUGAUAGAAGCCAUUUGGAAUCAUCAAGAAUUGUGCAUAGGCGUACCAAUAAUGAUGAUAAGUAUUAUCUAUAAGUUUCAUUUUUUGAUUCAAUUAUUUAACUCCAUUUUAUUUUUCACAGAAUUCAAAUAAAAUUAACUUAUGAUAGAUAAUAUGAAAGUAUUUAUCAUUUCUAGGAUUAGGUUCUUCUCUUUAGAAUGGUAUUUUAAGAAAUUAUUAACUAAUUACUUGA